GCGCACCUGCGCCGGCGGCAGUCUGCGCGCAGCCGGCCGCCUGCGCACGCGUCGCGCGGCACCAUGCCUCUCUACUCCGAACACAUCGCGAACAUGUACUAUGGCGGGUCACCGACCUACACCAGUGGCUCCUACGGAUACAGUGGAAGCUCCUCUUUAGGAACCUCGUACAGUGCUCCUUAUCUUAACUCUGGAUCUAACUACAGCACCCACUCAUCCCUGGGAGGAUACUCCCGCGCACCGUUAACUACCAGAUGGAUCACCAGCUCAGGACGAAGCUACUCUCCCAUGCUUAGCACCAUUUCGGAGAGAUCAACAUCGAGUCCGGUAAGGAUAAAUAGUCCUAGGAGAAUCCCUCUAAUGAAGAGAUCGUAUGGAACUCCAACUUAUACUCCGCGUCCUAUAAAUAUAAAUACUGCAGAUAUAGAUGUGUCUAGAGACAAGUAUUAUCAUAGAAGAAAAAGUCCAUCGCCUGUUAGUCCCAAAACUUCACCAUUGAGGGAAACCAUUGAUAAAGAACCCUCACCCCCAAAAGACGCAAUUGAUAAAGAUAGUGGUCCUUUUAUGCCCCGUAUAGACGGUAAACCAGAAACUGGUAUUGACUCCUCGCCUGGUAAGCAAAGAAGUACUAUAAAGAGAGGAAGAACAGUCGUUAGGCUACACACAAUAAAGAGAAAAGAUAGAGAUUCACCCCGUAAACCGACCGAUGAUAAUGUUGAAACUGACCAAGAUAAUGCUACAAACCCAGAUGAUACUAAUACUCAAAAGACAGAUUCCAUGAAGUGGAGAGAUAAGCUUGCUGAUGAUCUCGUUUAUAAUGACAAAAGAGAAAAGAAAAGUUUAGGAACCAAACUAGCAGAAAAGUUUUUGGUUAAGGAAAAAGAUAAUGAUGAAGUGCCACCUCGAAAAUGGGAGACUCAACAGAAUGUCGAAAAUGUACCUACUUCAGAAAUUUGUGAGGUAAAGCCUAGUAAAUUUCCAGAUAGAAGAUGUUCAAUGGAACUUCUAGCAGAACAGGCAAAUUUGUUAGAUUCUUUAAUAAAAAGUGAAAAUCUUAGUACAGCCACUUUAGAUUUAACAAAGAUAGGAGUAGAAGAACCUCACACAAGUUUAGAUACUUAUCAGUCAAUUAAGCGUCGAAAAUCUAAUCCUUUAAAGGCUACAAAAUCAGAUAACUCCUUGCAUGACAGUCUAAAGUCUUUUAAAGACCAAAAACAACUCUCGAAACGGCGAAGUUUGAAAAAAUCUUUAUCAGGAGGUAGCAUUUGCAGACUGGAUUCAAUUACAGAAAUGCCAAAAGAACCAAUUUCAGCAAAUUUGCCCCCAAUUGAAGAAAUCGAAAAGAGACUGUCUGUAAAAUAUGUAAAAAGUGCACAACAAAAAGUAAAACCUAAAACCAUACCUAAAAUUACCUCAUCUGUAGAAGUUACUGCACCUGUUAGUCCACUUAAAUUCAAAAUAGAAAAUUUAACAGUCGAAGAAAUACCUCGUAUUCCCAAAAAGGAAAUAACAUACAGUAGUACGGUGAUUGAAAAUGAUAAAAUAAACGAAAUUGAACCCAGAAUAGAUACAAAAGAUGAAAAAAUGUUUGAUUUUGAGCCCCGACAAAAAAGCAUAAAGCAUAAAAGCAUUCCUUCACCAGAACCUGAAGAUGGUAAUUUUUGGGACAAAAUUGGAAAACGUGAAACUGUAUACUUAUUGAAGAGAAAACAAAACCUAGAAGAAACUAAAGAAAAACAAAGGCGUGCACUAUUUUGGUUUCCAGAAGAAGAAGAUGACGAAACUAAUAAUGAUUCAGAUAGUGUUUCAAAGCAACAACGAUCUAUGACUAUGUCUUACAAACCGCAAGAUAAAAAUGAUAGCAUAUAUCAAGAAUAUGCUGAUGUCAUAACAGUGCCUAAAGAAAUACAUAAAAUACAUAAAUUAGUUACAAAUACUUGUUCACAACCACAAACAGCACAAAAAUCAUUAAACGACGAAGGAUUAAAGGAAAACAAGGAAAAAAAUCUAUUGAAGUCUCCUGCAGAUAUUUUACCUAGCAUAAACAACACCACUGAUGUCUCGAAAGAGAUACUUGCGCAUCAAAGCGUGAAUGCUAAUGUUGCUGAAGGGGGAAAUGAAGAAAAUAAUUCAAAGCCAGUUCCUAGCACUUCGACAAAAGCAGACAUAUCAAUAAAAAAUAUGUCAUUUGAAGUGCUAGAAAAACAAGAACAUAAAAGUGAUCUAGCAACUAAUACACAGUCACAGAAUAAAGUUAUAAGUCAAGAAGUAUUAAAUGAUCAAAACAAUAAAGCGCUUAGCAUACAUAAUAAAACAAAGGAAUCUCAAUAUGGAUCGAGUGGCCUAGAAAAAUCUGAGUGUCCUAAUAAAAACAACAAAAUAGAACUGGAUAAAACACCACCAGAUAUUCAUAAGGAUGCUAUAGGGCAUAGAGAUGAAAAAUCUUCUAAAUCGAAUUAUAUAGAUAUAAAAACUGAAAAUAUAGAAAACAAAAAAGAAAAUUGUUUGAUCAAGAAAAAAAUAUCUCAGUCCGAUAAAAAAGAUGGGGUUACAAAGAAAAGUAGUACAAAUGAUAAAAAGAGCAAUUCGGAAAAGAAAGACAAUUCAAAAAAGGGACGCGAGGACACUGAAUUAAAAACUAAAUUAUCAAAUGAAAAUGACAUAACAAAGUCAAACAAUACCGAUAAAAUAAAAUUAGAUAACAUUCCAACUCAAGAAAAUAUCCAUAAUAUUGAAAUAAAAAAGGCAGGAGAGGAUAAUAAGGCUGAAGCUAAUUCUGAAACACAUACACAAAAAUCUAUAAAAUCAUUAAAGGAUCAAGAUAGCAAACAUGUCGAAAUAGAGUGUGAUAAAGAAAAUAAAAAAGAUGACGUAUUAUCAGACACUACAAUCAUUGAAAAAGUGCAAGAAAUAAAACACGAUUCUGAAGUAAAAGUACAAUGUAAUGAACAAGAGAGUGGAAUAUCGACAGCACAAGAAAGUCUCGGCGUAGAAUUGAAAAAUGAUGAAGACAUCAAGCGACCAUCACCAAAAGAUAUAAUAAAACUGCCAACGGCUCCUGUGGUUAAGAGACCCGUCAAGGAUGAACCUGCUUUACGGCCUCUCAUAGCGACGCCGCGUCCUCUACAAAAGAGAACACCUCAAGUUAUACAUUCUUCCAGUUCUUCCGAUACGUCUUCGGAAGAGGAAGACUCAUCUGAAGAAGAGGAAGAGGAAGACUCCGAUUCGAGUGAAGGAUCGGCUGAAUUCUUUGAAUGUGAAACUAUAACUGAUGGUAGAACAUCAACUGGCUCCAACGAUUCCGGCUUUGAUUCUUCUGCGCCAACUUCUCCCGCAGGAUUUGUCCAGAUAAAAAAAGACUGUGAUGUAAACUGCCAUCGGAAAUGCGAAAAAUUGACUGCAAAUUUAUGCGGUGUGAACCAGCGUCUCUUGGUAGAAGCAUUGGCGACACGGACAUCGUCCAGAAGAGGUGCUGACAGCCCUGGGCCUUCCACGCCACCUGCCAAGAGUGACACGUCCGAUAUCUCGGAAAGGGAGCUUGAGCAAUCCACGGCGUAUGGCAUCUUCAGGAAGACUGGUAGAUUCACCCCGCCGGCCAGGUCCAUACCUCGCUUCAGGAAGUACACUGUGGAAGACUUCCAGUUCAUAAAGGUGCUGGGCAAAGGCAGCUUCGGCAAGGUUUUACUUGCUGAGUUGAAAGACACAGAGUACUACUACGCUGUGAAGUGUCUGAAGAAGGACGUGGUGCUGGAGGAUGAUGACGUGGAGUGCACUCUCAUCGAGAGGAAGGUGCUGGCACUUGGCACCAACCAUCCCUACUUGUGCCAUCUGUUCGCUACCUUCCAGACUGACUCACAUUUGUUCUUCGUGAUGGAGUACCUGAACGGCGGCGACUUGAUGUUCCACAUUCAGCAGAGCGGGCGCUUCCCGGAGGCGCGCGCGAGGUUCUACGCCGCGGAGAUCGUCUCCGGACUCAAGUUCUUGCACAAGAGAGGCAUUGUGUACAGAGACUUGAAGCUAGACAACAUUCUACUGGACUUCGACGGACACGUGCGCAUCGCGGACUUCGGCAUGUGUAAGCUACAGAUCUACCUCGACAAGACUGCAGACACCUUCUGCGGCACCCCCGAUUAUAUGGCUCCUGAGAUAAUCAAAGGUCUGAAGUAUAAUCAGACAGUGGACUGGUGGUCGUUCGGCGUGCUGCUUUACGAGAUGCUGAUCGGACAGAGCCCCUUCAGCGGCUGCGACGAGGACGAGCUGUUCUGGUCCAUCUGCAACGAGAUGCCGUCCUACCCGCGCUUCCUGUCUCAGCAAGCACUGACCAUACUCACUAGGUUGUUGGACAAGGACGCGAAGUCCCGACUGGGCGGCGUGGAGUGCGUGCACGGGGACGUGCGCGAGCAGACGUUCUUCCAGCCCGUGGCCUGGGAGCGCCUCGAGCGCCGCGAGCUGGAGGCGCCCUUCAAGCCGCGCGUGAGACACCCUCUAGACACGCAGUACUUCGACCGCGCAUUCACGGGUGAAAGACCGCGGCUCACAGCUGUGGAGCCCCAAGUCCUACGCUCCAUGGACCAGGGGCCGUUCCGGGGCUUCUCAUACACCAACCCUAACGCCACCGACCGAUAGGGCACCAGACCCUACAGAUAUGUACACGGCUUCAAAUCUGAUCCAUCGUGAUGCCACGAUGUCAAAAUCGGUUGAGUAGGUCGACCAGUGCACAAUUAUUAUUGUGAGCCUGUUGGUCGAAACGUGGGAAGACCAAGGUUCGAAAUUUCCAAAUUAUCUAUAUUAUUAUAAUAUAGUAAUAGUCUCUGGGCUAAUGGGUUAAUGGAAAUAUUGAAAUCCUAAAAUUUUGUAACUAUCCUUGUAAUUUCCCCACCACUUGUUAGAAGAAACAUAAAGCAACAUUAAAAUGGUGAAAAAAAAUUGUAGAACUAUUAAGAUUUUAUUGAAUUAUGAAUAGGUAUAUUCUAUUCAUUUUUGUUGAAACUUUGAAGGAGUCGUUGAAAACUUUCAACCAUUAGUUAUUUCAAUACUAGUCACUCGCUUUAAAUACACAUGUAUUCACCCUAAAUAUAAAGGUACAAAAUUAACCAGACAAUAGUAAAUAAAAAUAAGUUGUCUAUUGCUAAAUAUAGAUCCAGAAAAUCUAAAAAUUUACAAGGAAUUAAAUUCCUAAAUUUCAGAUGUACCUGUAUAUAUACGUAUACCUAUUCAAAUAUACCUACAUAUUUUCAAACAUAUCUAUUGCAACGUCGGGGUUUAAAAGCGGAACAAAACAUAAAGAUACCAUUAAAAUUUGGCACUCAACCAAUACUAUCAAGAUUUAGCUAAAUAUAGUGUUGGAUUUGUAACAAACAUGUUGCCAAAACAUCAAAUAUAUUGCUAAAAUAAAAUAAAGAAAAUAGUAUUUUCAUUUUUAUUUAUUUUCAAUUUUGUUCUCGCAUGUAUUAAAAUGACAUUAGUUAUUCUUUAUGUAUUUAAUUAGAUAUUCUCAUCCUAAACAAAAGGUGUGAAUUCCAUUUAAUAUACAUUUAUAAUACAUACAAAUAAUAUAAUGUUUAUUGCAUAUUGCAGUAGUUAAAAUGUCGCUCUUGCAUAUCAUAGUUACAAUCUAGAUGUAAGAUGUCUGUAUAAUGUUUGUUAUAAAUAAAUGGACGACAGAA